CAUCUAUAUCAUGCACGCCCAUGCACUGCCAACACCACAUACAUCGAGAACCAACAGCAGAUAGUUUAAUCAAUAACGGAGCUUAGGGAGCUAAGUUGAUGCAUCAUGCAGAUCUACGGUCAAUGAUAGGCCGUCCUUCUUACUUAGGUAGUCUCCCCCCUUCUAAGCGACACUUGAAUCCAGCUCAACAUUAGCAUGAUCGAGCAUCACUCAGGCAGACUGAGGUCUGGGGGCUACUAUGAUAGGGUGCCAGUAUGAGCAGGGUAAACGAGUUACUCGGCAACGAGCAUUGGGUGAGCGCGACGGCGGCGACAAUCGUCAACGACGGUGCAUUGGCCAUAGUGACGGAAAUUGCGGAAGCCCGGGCCGAGUCCACGUAUGUGCUGAUCCCUUUCACUGGGCUACCUUAGCUUCUGCAGACUCAAACGCAAUCUGAAGUUUGAACUGACACACCCCUCCUUCGCAGCCCCUCAACCAACGCCGCUAUCUCACGCUCAACGGACCCCGACCCGCCAGAAAACGCCAACGGACCGUCGGCCC